AUGAAGGAAGAUCGUAGUUCAAAAUCAAUCAUCAUACGUGAAGUUUGGGCAAACAAUUUAGAGGAUGAAUUCAAUCUCAUCCGUCAACUUAUUGGCAAUGGCAAGUAUAAUUUCAUCUCAAUGGACACUGAGUUUCCAGGUUUUAUUUAUUCACCAAAAGUCGAUUACCUUCAUCUUAAACCCUCCGACAACUACGAUUGCAUGAAGGCCAAUGUCGAUGCUCUUAAACUUGUUCAACUUGGUCUCACUUUAUCUGAUGCUAGCGGGAACCUCCCUGAUCUUGGAACCAACAAUCGCUAUAUUUGGCAAUUCAAUUUCCGCGACUUUGAUGUUGAGCGUGACCUUCAUGACAGAAAGUCUAUAGAUAUGCUUCAUCGUCAAGGAUUUGACUUCAAGCGUAAUGUCUCUCACGGUGUUGAUUCAUUCUGUUUUUCUGAAUUGAUGUUGAGGUCCGGGCUUGUAUUCAACUCAUCGAUAACUUGGGUGACUUUUCAUAGCACUUAUGAUUUUGGCUACUUAGUGAAGAUAUUAAGACGAAGUCAUCUGCCUACUAGUUUGGAAAAGUUUCUGAGCAAUGUGAGAGAAUUAUUCGGAAGUAAUGUGUAUGAUAUGAAAUAUAUUAUGCAAUACACCAAUGCAUUAGUUGGUGGUCUCGAGGGGAUCGCCAAUACACUCCAUGUUAAUCGAGUCGUUGGAAAGGCUCAUCAAGCUGGAUCCGAUAGUUUGUUGACAUGGCAGACUUUUCAGAAGAUGGUGAAGACAUAUUUCCCCAACAAUGAAGUGCAAAAGUAUGCCGGAGUGAUAUUUGGAUUAGAAGUUGCAAGUUGCCUUGAGGUUGAUAUUUCCGGAUCAAGAUGCCCUGCAGUUGUAAAUCACAAAGUUACAUGCUGUUUUAGAUCUCAUCCAUCCAUUUCAGAUCGGUCGGUUCAUAUUGCAUCUAUACAAAAUCAGUCCAAAUCAAUCUGA